AUGGAAGGACAAGGGGUAGGCCGAACCCUCAGGCUGCUCCGAAAUCGCAUGCCACGACUUCGAGCAGGAUUUUUAGAGCUCUGCCAAAUGUUUGCCCGUGGAUCUCUGCAUCUGUUUUCACCAGCUGCUAAACGAAUCCUUUCUGAUGACAACUGGACUAGGCACCAAUCUAUGACUACGGCAGAGGACCAAACAUUAGUAGGGACAAAAUACCUGAUCAAGGCUGCUGGAUCAGUACUGAAGACAACCAUGCCCAAGGUCAUUUUCCUCAUGGGUCUCAACCUCUUAUUGAAUGCUCAGCUAGGCUCUGCCUACCAGCUGAUGUGUUACUUCAACAACUGGCCUCUGUAUCUGCCAGGCGUGGGAAGCAUGGAGACUGCUGACAUUGACCCUUGCUUGUGCACUCACCUAAUAUACUCAUUUGCUGGCAUUUGGAAAAACAAUAUCACCAUGAGCAAAAAGAAAGACUUGGAUGACUACAAAGAUUUUAAUGACUUAAAAAAGAGAAACAACAAGCUGAAAACACUCCUGUCUAUUGGUUGCUGGAACUUUGGAGCUGGCCUUUUCACCACCAUGGUCUCCACUCGCGAGAGCCGCGAGUCUUUCAUUACUUCAGUUAUCAACCUCCUGCGAGAGUACGGAUUUGAUGGUCUGAACUUGGCUUGGCAGUACCCGGGCUGUUAUGGAAGCCCUCCUAGGGACAAACAUCUCUUUAUUGUCCUCAUGCAGGAAAUACGUAAAGCAUUUGAGAAGGAGGUGAGCAAAAUCAAAAAGCCCAGGUUGCUGGUGACUGCUGCAGUGGCUGGUGUUAUCUCCACAAUCCAUUCUGGCUAUGAGAUACUGCAACUGUCACAGUCCUUGGAUUACAUUCAAGUCAUGACCUAUGACCUCCAUGGAUCUUGGGAUGGCUACACUGGCGAAAACAGUCCCCUCUACAAAUCUCCAACUGACACUGGCAUUAAGACCUUCUACAACAUAAACUCCAUUAUGGACAACUGGAAGAGCAAAGGGGCAGCACCCGAGAAGCUCAUUGUUGGAUUCCCAGCAUAUGGACACACCUUCAUCUUGAGUGAUGCCACUAAAACUGGAAUUGGUUCCCCUAGCAAUCGUGGUGGCCAUCCAGGACUCUACACAAAGAAAACUGGAGUCUGGGCCUAUUAUGAGAUUUGCACAUUUUUGGAAAAUGGAGCCACUCAGGUCUGGAAUUCUGCUCAACAAGUACCCUAUGCCUACCAUGGCAACGAGUGGGUUGGCUAUGACAAUAUCAAGAGCUUUCAUAUCAAGGCUCAGUGGAUUAAGAGAAAUAACUUUGGAGGUGCUAUGAUCUGGGCUAUUGAUAUGGAUGACUACACUGGCACUUUCUGUGAUCAGGGCAGGUUUCCCCUGACCUCCUCCUUGAAGAAAGCCCUCAAAGUGCACAGUGAAAAUUGUGAAGUAACUGCUAUUCCAGCCAGUGGGACUGACAGCAGGAACAGCAGCUCUGGGGCAUUGGAAUCUGCGUUUCUACUCAGUAGCAAAUAACAGAAGUAUCAUCUGGUGCUGCUUGAAUGGAACCACAUUCCAGGACUGCCAGGGAGAAUCUGUCUUCAAGAACAACCAGCACUGCUGAGCUAGACAUGAACACUAUCUACUACCUUUCUCCAGGGCUCUGAGCAAUC